GUUUGACGCUCGGGAAACUUUGUGCCACUGUUUUGUGCGUGUUCGGCUCCUCUCGCCGCAAGUUGAGUGUGAUGUUUUGGCCGCGCGCGGUGAAAUCCCCCUCAUUGCCGCCGCCGCCGACGCCGACACGUCCUCUCGGGAGUGAUGGGUUCUAAGUUGACCAGGCAGAGAAGUCUUGAUUUCGAGAGCAAAUUGUCCAAGAGGAGGCGUCCGAGGAGCGAUGCGGCCGCGGAGGGGGAGCGGAGCGGCGUCAGGGGCGGCGGGGACUUCUUGUUUACCUCCUUGAUGCUCAAGUCCGACAAGCUCCCGGGGAUGCUGCGCAAAAGCAACCACAGCCCGUACGUGAGGCGCGUGGCGUGGGUCCGGGAGAUCCAGAGGCUCCUCCGGGAGCAGAAGAUGGAGCAAGCUGCUGAAGUGCUCAAACUGCUCAGAAAGGAUUUGGGACUUCAGGGAACGUCGCUGAAUGACAUUUUGUACAAGAAUGCAGCUUUUCUCAACCUCGUGGACCCCAUCUCUCACGAGCUGCUGCUCAGCCUCGCUCGGGACCUGCAGUGUCCAAAAAGGGAAACCGAGUCGCACAAGUCGACCAACAAGAUCUGCCGCCAGCUGAUUUACCACCUGACCCCUCACUCCAAGUGGACCCGGCAGAGCGUGCCCAGGAGGAAGUCUCAGGCCUGCCUGAAGACCACCUUGAAGAAAAAGCUGUCGGGGGACGUGGUCAACCUGUCGGGGAUCCCCCUGUCCGGCCGGGACAUCCACCGGGUGGCUUUCUACCUUCAGAGCAGCAGCGACGCGGUGUCGGCCGUGGACCUGAGCUUCACCGAGCUGCAGGACGACGGCUUCCGGCUGCUGCUCCCGUCCCUCUGCGUCCUGCCCAAGCUGACCAUACUGGCCGUCAACGGCAACCGCCUGACCGUGGCCGUCCUGAAGGACCUGACGGACACAGUGAAGGACCCCAAGAAGUUCCCCUGCCUCGCCUGGAUCGAUCUGGGGAACAACGUGGACAUCUUCACCGUCCCCCAGCCGCUGCUCGUGGCCCUGCGGCGGCGCUUCGGCCUGCGCAGCAGCCUCCCCACCAUCUACGAGUACCGGGAGGCGCAGGCGUUCGGCGGCUACAACCCGAACCUGGAGACCUCGGUGGAGGAGCCCAGUCUGUACGAAGAGGGGGAUGUGGAAGAAGACGACAGAGAGGAGGAAGAGGACAGGCUGGAGCUUCAGGCCUGGGGCUUUGGAGAUUCGAGCGCAGCGAAAAAUGUGCCGGUACACUUCUGCGGAAGGUGA